AGGUACAAGAACUAUGAAUUUAUAAGUGACAAUGAGAUCUCUAAAUCUGCUGGGCUUAACUCACGCUACUCCGACUCAUCUCUGCAUGGUGUUGUGUUUGACAUCCAGAUGUUAGCAGAAUGUGACUUUUUGGUGUGUACAUUUUCAUCGCAGGUAAGACUUUUAAAUUCAUUUCAAACCCAGAAGUAUAUAAUAUUAAAAUUGUUUUUUGUAAAAUUUAAAAAAAAAAACACCAUGUGACAUGCUACCCAUGAGGUUUCAUUUGAAUGGUAACACCAUGAGAUUUCAUACACAGACUGAAAAGUGAGAACCACCUUUUACAGGAUAAUAAACAGUACCACAGGAAAGUCCUGCUCAAUGCUUUCAUUCAAAUGGUCACAACAUAGGAUUUCAUCCACAGACUCAAAAUCUAGAACUACUUUGUACAGCAUAACAAACAGUACCACAGGGAAGUACUGCUCAAUAGCUUUUAUUUGAAUGGUCACACCAUAGGAUUUCAUCCACAGACUCAAAAGUUAGAACCACCUUGUACAACAUAAUUAACAGUACCACAGGAAAGUGCUGCUCAGUAGCUUUCAUUUGAAUUGUCACACCAUAGGAUUUUAUCCACAGACUCAAAAGUUGGAACCACCUUGUAAUAGCUCACUGCAGAAGGCUAACCUUUUCUCUCACAAUAGCAGCCUUACAAACAAAGGAAAAAAAAAAUUAAUACUGCUAUCCUUUACAUCUGAAAUCCAUUCUGGACAAACACCAACAGCUAAAAUUCAGGGGGGGCAGGGGUAGGGUAAAAGCCAAGGCUGUACUCUAGCAGCACUUGGUGGCCUGUGGUACCUAACUUUUGCUCCCAGGCAACUAGAAAAUCUUAGUUUUUUCAUAGAAAAAAUAGCUGGGCACCCUGGAUUUCACAGAUUCAAGGCACAGGGCCCCCUGCAAUUUUUCUUAGAGCACAGCCUCAGGUUACCUUAACAUUGGCACAUGAGAUUAAAAAAAUUCUAUAUUUCAUUUUGUUUCAUUCAAACCUCAUUUUGUCUUUUUUUAAAUACAUUUGUUAGGUUUGCCGUGUGGCCUAUGAAAUUAUGCAGUCAAUGCAUCCAGACGCAUCUAAGAAAUUUCAAUCACUUGAUGAUAUUUAUUACUUUGGUGGUCAGUCGGGUCAUGAUGUGCGUGCCAUUUACCCUCAUAAGUCACAAAGAAGCUCUGAAAUUAAUCUCUAUGAGGGAGAUCGCAUAGGAAUUGCUGGUAAUCACUGGGAUGGCUAUUCCAAGGGUGUCAACCACAAAAGAGGUGGCGAUGGCCUCUUUCCGUCUUACAAAGUGGAAGAUGUUAUGGAGGUGGAGGAAUUUCCAACCUAUGCAGGAGCAUAG